CUCAAAACCUUCAAGCCUCUGGUGCCGACCCCAAACCAUCCUCCACCACUCGACACUCAACCCUCGCAUCUGCAACCCGACAAACACCAUAGUCACCGCCUCUCGACCGCACACGUUACGAUCGUCGAUUUAUUCUUUCUCUGUUCUGCGCGCGAUAUACCCGAUUUCUUUUCCUUUUCCCUCACCGUCGAUAUCUGAAGGGAAAGACCCUUCAGCCAUCGCCCACCGCCUGAAUCUCCCCAGCAGAUUCCACCACACAUAUCACAAUGGCUCUUAAGCGCAUCAACAAGGAACUCCAAGACCUCGGCCGUGAUCCCCCCUCAUCAUGCUCUGCCGGUCCUGUCGACACAGCAUCCGGCAACCCGGACCUGUUCCACUGGCAGGCGACGAUCAUGGGACCGAACGACUCACCUUUUGCUGGCGGUGUUUUCUUCCUGGAGAUCCGCUUCCCUACCGACUACCCCUUCAAGCCACCGAAGGUCAGCUUCACCACCCGCAUCUACCACCCCAACAUCAACAGCAAUGGCAGCAUCUGCCUCGACAUUCUGCGAGAUCAAUGGAGCCCUGCCUUGACCAUCUCCAAAGUCCUCCUGUCGAUCUGUUCGAUGCUUACCGACCCCAACCCUGAUGACCCCCUGGUCCCGGAGAUCGCUCAUGUGUACAAGACAGCGAGGGCCCAGUACGAGAACACGGCCCGCGAGUGGACCCGGAAGUACGCUGUUUAAUCGUGGCUGUCAAUUGGGUGUACGGCUGAACUAGUACUGGUGCGACCUUUCUGAGGGGUGCUGGAGCCGCACUGGCGCGCAACCUCCUGCAUACUAUCUGGCAAGCAUACCGUCAGGAAGCCCGCGAUGUGCGCGCGCGCUUUGGGAGGAGGGUGUCACGAAGGAAAGAAUGCAUGAAACCUCUACAUAAGCCCGACUGGGAUUGCUUCUCGGUAGACAGACGGCCUUUUCGUUGUGUCGCGUGAUAUUGAUUCCAUUCUCCCAUAACUCUGAACUUGUCCGUAACGAAUCCUUUCAUACAAUCAAUUUCCGCUUGCGACAUGUAUCCUCC